GAAAAUUCUUGUUUAUUAGUGUAAAACCCUUAUUUCAUUCUUAAAUUUUUAGUUGAUUUUCGAUGAUAUGCCAUAUAUUAAGACGAGUUGGAAUCAAAAGUGUAAAUCAAAAUGUUUAAUAUACUGUUUAAAAUACUGGUAACACCAACAAUAAUUAGUUUGAUGGGAACGUUUAUAUUUUAUUGUUGUGGUGCUGUUUUUAUUUUUGAAGAUGUUCCAUCAGGAGACAGGAUUAGACUUGGUGAGGAUCAUUUACUCUCGUGUGUUGUUAGUGGCAUGGUAAAUGAGAGGUUGACGUGGUAUAAAGAUGGUCAGCAAAUACAGUUAGCAGAAGAUGACGAUGAUACACGAAUUUCUAUAGCAAAAAGCGAACUAUCUAACGGAAAUUUAUCUACAUUGGUUAUUGACAACGUAAUGCAAGGUGAUGCUGGGUUGUAUCAAUGCGUCAUUAUAUCAUCGAUGUCUGGGUCGGUGUUGAGUAGUUCUCCAGAAGCCGAAUUGAUUAUUCUUUCGCUACCCGCACCAGAAUAUCCUCUUUGUUCUGAGCUUGAUAGUGCUAUUAUUGCAGGAUCAAUAGUAGAAUUAACAUGUGUUUCUGAAAGAGUGUAUCCUCAAGUGAGUUUACAAUUUACUCGCAACUCUGAAACCGUGAAUACGAAGAAAAUGUUAACAGAAACAGGUAACUUAGUAACACUACUGUUAACAUUAACAGCACAAAAAGAUAACAAUGGUGACAUUUACGAUUGUCACCAAUAUUCAUCGCUGGAAUCAAAUUAUCAAAAAUCAUGUACGAUGAAACCUUUAAACAUACAAUACAAACCUGAGAUAAAAAUACAGCAUACUAAUCCAGUAAUACCUGGACGAGAAACAAUUCUCUUUUGUCAGACAUUUGCUAAUCCGCCAGUCUCACGUUAUCAAUGGAUAUCAGUGCCUCAAUUGAAAGCAGAAGAUAUAUUUACUGAUGGAAAUGGACAAGUAUUGAAGCUGUUACGACCUUCAUUAAAACAAAGUGGAACAAAUAUAACGUGCAUUGCUACUAAUGAAAUUGGACAAGUAUCAUCAUCUAUAGAAUUACAAGUUUCUCAAACAAUAAGAAAUCCAGAAAAUAAUAAAAAUCCACACGAAUCAACAAAUAAUAAAAAUCCACACGAAUCAACAAAUAAUCAAAUGACAGAAAUGUCAAAUAAUGGAAUUGGUUUAUCAUUGGAUGUUGUUAUCAUCAUUGCUGCCGGUGUUGUUAUUAUUGUUGUACUUGUUGUUCUAGUUCCCGUUUAUCAUUAUUGUUUGUGUCGUAACAAUAACACGACCACAAUUGAUUCUUUAGGAAAAGAAGUAACUCAGCCUGAAGUGUAUUAUGAGGCUAGGGAGGGAGUUAUUUUAAGACAUACGAUACAAGAUCGUUCCUUGCCUCGUGUACCCACUACAGAAGUGUAUGGUCAUUGGAGACAUUCAACAGCUUCACAAGUUCCAAAUGAUCUUGAGUCACAUAGUUACACAUACAUUGAUACAGAGAACGAUUAAUGGUAUUCUUAAUUCAUAUUAUAUU